AUGAGACCAGAUUUUCAUAAAUGCCAUUCUAUGAGAAGAUUUGCUAAUCGCUGUAGAGAACAAUACUGGGAUAAAGAGGAUUAUAAUGCACCGAACGAUUAUUAUGAAUAUAUAUAUAAUUUCCCUGAAAUCCAAGCUCUGAAGACUGUACACUUCAAUUAUUCCAAAGCGAAAAUCUCAGUAAGAGAAAAGAUUAUAAAAGUGAUUUUACUUUUAUGUUAG